AGUUGUGGUCUUAUUUUAUAUACUAAUAAUAGAUUGAUUAUCUAGUGAUUUCUGAUAUAUAUAUAUAUAUAUAUAUUAAGUCUAUUUGGUCAUUGAAAUUACAGGAUUUAGUAAUUAGGUAGUGAAGGGAAAACAAAGAGAAUUGAUAAUCUAAAUAAUUAGAUAUUCGAUUGAUAUGGUGUGUUAAUAGCUUGAUACAAAAUACUGGCCUUGUGGUCUUAUUUUAUAUAUAAUAACUAUGUCAAUUACUAUUAUGGUGCACUACGACAAGUCGAAGUCCAUUAUAGCAUGACUACUAACCAAAGUUAAUAGUUUCACAAUAAUCUCCGGUUCAUGGUAUGACUAUGAAUAUGCUAAUUAAGUCAAUUACUAUUGUGGUGUUACUAAGAUAAGGUGAAGUCCAUUAUUGUAUUACCACUAUCUAUAGUUGAUAGGUUCACAAUAGUAUUCAGUAUGUGGUAAGAGCAUAGAUAAGCAGUAUAUGACCUUGUGAUUAUCAGCAGUAUUGCCAAGCAUUAUCAACAUCAUUGUAUUGUAACUUCCAUCCAAUUCAAUACAAUGUAGGAAGUUCUAUCAGAUUUUUGUUUUCUAUAAUCAAGAAUUCUAAAUGUCAAGAUUAAUUGUUCUAAAUAAAUUGAAAUACAAAGAAUUGAGGCUAUUUUGUCCAAACUACUUCUCGUGCACAUUUGAACUUUAUUGUUAUUUGAACUUCAUUGUUAUUUGUGGUCUAGUACUGUUUAAAUGCUAUUAUGUUUAAUGUUAUUUACCGGAAAAAUUGCAAAAUGAAAUAUAAAAUUGUUUUGAAAUGAAGCUUUUGAGAGAGUUUGUCGGAAAGAACAUCCUGGCUAUGUACGUGGUAUGGGACUUGGAGUUAGGCCAUUAUUAGAGAAUAAGAUCAGUUGUUAGUUAGUUUAGUUAGUUUUCUGUUAAUUCUGUUUUGGGGUUAUUUUGGCUAACUCUUAAUAUAAGUGUGUAGAGGCUUGCUAUUUGAAAUACACAGAAUCAUUUUAUUCAGACAUUCUUUUUCUCCUCCACUCUCUUUUCGUUUUAUGGUAUCAAGAGCAAUCUCAAGGAGAGCUCCGUCGUGCCACACUCUGAUCCAACAUGGCUGAAGAAGAAAGUUCUUUAAAACAAACCAACAUCAAGAAAGGAGAUGAGUCACAGAAUCCCAACAGCCCCUACUAUCUUCAUCCGGGUGAAAAUAUCAACACCCUCACUGUUUCCCCUGUUCUUGAUGGCCCAAAUUACCAUUCUUGGAGCAAGUUAAUGAAGAGAGGACUUCAAUCAAGAAACAAAUACAAAUUUGUAGAUGGAACGAUCAAAGAACCACCAGCCAAUGACUCCUUGCAUGAUGUUUGGAUAAGGUGCAAUACGAUGGUCAUUUCUUGGAUAACUCGAUCUGUUUCUUUGCAGAUUGCACAAAGCAUUGUAUAUAUUGACAAUGCAGAGGACUUAUGGAAGGAUUUGAGAGACAGAUUCUCGAAAGGAGACCAUUUCAGGAUGUCUGACCUCCUACAGGAAAUUCACUCCAUCAAACAAGGAGAAAGAACUAUUUCCACUUAUCAUAUAGAUUUAAAAAUUCUAUGGGAGGAGUUAGAAAUCUUGAGGCCUAUCCCAGCAUGCUCCUGCACAGUAAAAUGCACCUGUGAGCUGGUGAAAACUGUGAGAAAUUACAAGGAAACUGAAUAUGUCAUCUGCUUCCUCAAAGGCUUGAAUGACUCCUACAACACUGUCAGAUCCCAGGUACUAAUGAUGGACCCUUUACCUAACAUUAACAAAGUUUUCUCUCUUGUUUUGCAACAAGAAAGGCAGGUCUUAGGGAACUUGCUUCAGGAAGUCAAUCUGGUGGCAAGCAUAACAAACAAUAAACAAUCUUUUGGAGGAAGAAAUGGAUCCUCAUCCGGAAGAGGAAGAGGAAGAUUUAAUCAAAGGAAUUUUAGCAACCAACCACAAAAAAUCUGCACAUUUUGUGGAAAAGAACGGCACACAGUGGAGACGUGUUAUUUCAAACAUGGAUUUCCUCCGAAUUUCAAUUUCAAAAAUAAAAGACAAACAUCAACUGUGAACUCCUACCCCUCAGAUUCCGCUCCCUCACCUACCACUGUUGAAGGCAGUGAUCACAAAAUUAUUGGAAAGGAAUACACUGAGGUAAGUUGUACCAUUACAACUAAACAAUAUAAUCAACUUAUGGAGAUACUCAAGGGAUCAAAUGUAAGUGGAGAAACUCAUGUUGUAGACAAUCUCCAACAACAUCCAGGAUCACAACAACAAACUGAUGAUUGGUCCUGCUAAUCUUCAAUGCAAUCUGUAUAUCCUUCAAAGGCAAAAUUUUUCAGAGAAUAAGAUCGUUAAUUCUGCUAGAACUUCCAGUGACAACAAUAUGAAUAAUUCCAAUUUUGAUUUGUGGCAUUAUAGACUAGGUCAUCCAUCUGAUUCUGUUUUACAACAAAUAAAAGGACAAUUUCCUUA